CAGCGCACUCGACACACCGCUUCAAAUGUGCUGCUUGUCCCACCAUGAGAGACUAUAGGAGGACCUGACCGAGGAGAGGACAGGACAGGACAGGACAAGAGAACAGGCUGGUCGCACCUUCGGCAAGGUGAGAGCCGACUCGGCAUGGAGAGGUACUUGAGCGACCCACCGGAUGGCGGCUAUGGCUGGGUUGUGGUCACCUCGGCCUUCUUUAUCAUGGGCCUCACUGCUGCUGUUUUUAAAAACUUUGGCCUGUUUUUCCUCGAAAUCCAAAGUUACUAUGACGUCCUGAACAGUACUACCUCAUGGAUGACGUCAACCACUAUUGCCGUGUUUCAUUUGGGAGCUCCUCUGGCCAGCGCUCUCAGUAUGCACCUGUCCCAGCGCACCGUAAUCAUAGUCGGAGGGCUCCUGGCUACCUCAGGAAUGAUUAUCGCCUCUUUGGGCCUCAGCCUGCCUUGGAUGUAUCUGUCUGUUGGUUUACUCCAAGGACUUGGCGUCUCAUUUUCCUGGAUUCCAGCUAACAGCAUGGUCAACCAUUAUUUCAGACGUUGGCGUCCCAUUGCCUACGCUAUUGCUAGUUCUGGAGAGUGUGUCUUUGCCAUGGGAUUCAGCCCGUUUUUCCAGUGGCUCAUCGACAGCUAUUCUUGGCAGGGGGCUCUGCUCGUCAUCGGUGGUCUUCAGCUGAAUCUGUGUGUGUGCGGUGCUCUGAUGAAACCCCUCCCAGCGGCACAGACCUCUAUCCAAGACAAACCGGUGCUGGAGGACGGCAGGACGUCGAAAAAAGGCACUUUCCAGUGGUCCCUUCUGCAGAGACCCGAGCUGCUGCUGUAUAUUGUGUUUGCCAUCUUAGCGGCGGCGGGUUUCUUCAUCCCACCUCUGUUCCUGGUGCCCUACGCCAGCGGUUUGGGCAUGGAGCCGUACUGGGCGGCCUCGGUUCUGUCAGUGCUGGCAUUGGCAGACCUGCUGGGCAGACUGGCGUGCGGCUGGCUGGCUAACCUGCGGCUCGUGAGAAACCUGCAGCUGCUGACCAUGAUGGUCACUGCGCUGGGGGUGGUGCUGCUUCUGUUUCCCGUUGCGCAGAGCUACUGGAGCAUCCUGGUCUUUGCCUCGCUCUACGGCUUCCUGUUCGGCUGCGUGGUGGCCAUCCAUGUGACGACUAUUGUGGAUAUCGUCGGACUGGAGGGCUUUGACAGUGCUCUAGGGCUCUUCAUGCUGUUACGGAGCUCAGGAGGAUUCGUGGGUCCACCGGCUGCAGGCUGGCUGGUGGACAGGACUCAUGACUUCGGUGCUAGUUUCUACUUAUCUGGCCUGUGCCUGGUCCUGUCCGGGGUUUUCCUGGUGCUUGUUGACAGGCUGGUGAAGAAGAAACUCAAACUACCACAUUCAAACACUGAGGCUACAGAUCAACCAACACUGAAAGCGGAUGGUGCACAUGUUUAAAAGCCACUAAAGAUCACUUUCUAGUUUUUUUUUUUUUAUUUUGUUAUAUGAACUUUAGUUUAUUUAAAGCCAUAUUAUUAUUAAUGUUUUAUUUUUAUAAAAGCAAUAAGCAUUUUAUCAUCUCAACCUUUCACCCCAUAAUUUUCAGACGGAGAGAUGUUAGUUUAAGACUGUGACGCCUUCGUAGCCACUUUUCAAGCCACUGGUAGUUUACAGACAAUGACAAGAAAUGUAGCGUUCAGAUCCCGUUUCUGCCCUUAGAAAUACUUAAAGAAGCACUGCAGAGUGCGGAUGCUUACUAUUUAAUCACUUACAGGACAAGCAUUCGUGUAUUAUUAUUAUUAUUAUUAUUUUAAUAUAUUACAGUAUCUGAAAGCAAUAUAAAUAGUCCGAUUCUUCUAUUUGUGUGCAUUUCAGAAACUACGUAUGCAUAUAAGCUACAUACAGUGGCUCCAAAAAAAGUGAAGUGACAUCUCAAACACGCAAUAUCAUAGUCUACAGAUUUUCUUUGUAAUCCAUUGUUUUAUUUAUAAUUAUACACGCUUCUUUCUGUGAAGUGUACUUGUACUGUAUUAAAUUAAAUUGUAUUUGUUUUUAUGCACUUAACUAAUGCAGUUGCAUUCAGUCCAAAUACUUUUUGGGGCUACUGUAUUAUUUGAGAAACCCACACAGAACAAAGCCAUGAGAUUAGUUUGUUUUUUAGCAGUGGAUUUGUUUACAUCACUAUUUCUUUUUUUUGUCAUAUAAUGCCACAUUUUUCUGGAGUUUGUCGCGCCGUUUCUGUCUACUCUGUAUAUGUGGUGUACGCGCGCGCAGCUUUGGAAUCACAAAGAUGCCUUAGAAAUGAAGAAAUCUGCUUAUACGGACAAAGCUGGCACCUUUAACCUCAAAAUAACAGCCAGCCAAAUAAUUUUGUGCACUGAACUCGUGUACCAGAGCGUUCAGUGUUCACGUUUGAGGAAAAACUCACGCACAGAUGCACUACAGACCGUUUAUAUCACAUCUGAUUUUAUUAUUUGCUAAUCUUGUCAAACAGUUUGUUUCUGAUAUAAAUGUCCUAUACGGUGAAAUCCUGGUGUUUAAUGUAAUAUUGUCUGUCAGAACUUCACCAGACACAUGCCGCGCAGUGUUUUACUUUGGUUUGUUCUGGAAGUCAUGUCAUCGUUUGUGUUCGACGUGUCUGAAUUUGUGACGAUGGCAAGACUGUGCCUUAGAUGCAAGUGACAAUCAAGGAACUGCUGUUUAUUUUAAUGUUCCCUUUAAGUCGUAAUGAAUUCUUUAGCAGUAGGACAUGCAUUUUUAGGUCAGUAAGAUCAGAUUUAUUUCUGUGAAGUGGGGUUUAAGAGUGAAAUAAAGGUCGUUGGUUCA